GGCAAUGCGAGUGCGGCUGCGAUCAGCAUGCUGCCUGAUCGUAUUGGCUGCUAAAGCGCGGCCCACCGCUGCGCUGCGCCACUUCCGCUGCGUGCCGUACGGCGAGCGAGCGCCGGCCGGCGGCGCGACUAUCACCUGCGACGGUCGGGUGCCGGGCGCCACCCUUGAGCUGACGCACUGGACAGACAACGAGACGCCGGAUGACCUGUACGCCGACACCUCAACCGAGUGCGCACUACGCCUCGCCCGGAUCAGGCGCGUGGGUGGGACCGCUUACGCCGAUCACGACGACGCGCUCGUCAUCAACAAUCACUUCGAUACCGACGGCGUCCUGAGCGCCUACGCCUGCUUGCACCCGGAGGCGGCCCUGCGGCACGCCAGCCUGCUCGCCGAUGGAGCGGCUGCCGGCGACUUUGGUGAGUGGUCCUCCGAUGCGGGCGUUCGGCUCGAUGCGGCGAUCGAGGCCAUCGGCGGCGCGCACGGGGGCGAUCCCGCCGCUUACGACGCGGCACUCGCCGCGCUGCCUGCGCUGCUCGCCUCGCUCGAGGCUGACAGUGCCGACGCUGCCGACGAGGAGGCUCCGUGGCGGGACGGGUGGGGGGCGGCGCUGGCGGGCUGGCAGGCGCUGGCGAGCGGCGACGCGUCCCUCUCUCGCGCCGGCGCAAUCGCGGUGCUGCGCGAGCCCUCUCCCAAGGAGGAGGCGGAGUCGAGCGAGCCGCUGCCGGGAGCGGGAAAGCGGUCUCCCGGCGAGUGCCCGAGGCUGCCGGCCGUGGCGCUCCGCCGCGGCCUCCCCCCGCUCCUCCGCGCGCCUUUUGGCAUCCGGCGCGUGCUGCGCGCCACGGACGGCGGCGCGCGCGGCUGGCGUUACGAGUACGAGACGCCUGGGCACGGCUGGGUGAAGCGGCUGGUGACGCGUGAGCCGGUGGCGGCGCCCGAGGGCGGCGCGCUGGCCGAGUCUCUCACGGCGCUCGGUGGCGUCGGCACGUGGCGCAAGGGCGGCGGCGGCGGCCUGAUCUCGCUCUGCGCGAGCGAUGGGUGGGUCGACGCGCCGCCCGAUGCCGUGUGCGAGGCGCUGCUUGCGUGCGACGAGGCGGCGCAGGAGUACGUCGUCAGGCCUGGCUCUUGCCCGGCCCAGUGUGGCGCCGUAGAGUCGUGGGUGGAGUCCUAACUCGAUCUCGGUUUGCGGUUGCUGUCUGGACAUUUUUCAUAUUCGCAAAGAAAACAAGAAA